GAGCAGAGCUAACCAUAUUCUGAUUUAAAGACAGCGGUCGAAACCGGACCAGGGAAAAGUGCUGGAGGAUACGACUUGCCUUGUCUCGUUGGAGUUGACACUUCAUGGCCAAAUCCAAUCAGUAUACCAUUGAGACUGAACUGCACAUCAUGGCAUCGGCAUCCAGAGUGACUCUCACUGCCCCAGAGAAACAAAAGCCCAACAUUCUGGAAAUAUAUGUUCAGCCUUGUUUGGUGGAGCUGCUCGGGACCACCUUAUUAAUCUCCAUAGUAUGUCUCUCGGUGAUGACCAACCCUGAUGGAGCAAGCCCUCUGCAGCCAGCCCUUGCCCAAGGAUUUACUUUGGCAUCCCUGAUCUCUGUGUUGGGCAAUGUAAGUGGUGGACAUUUCAACCCGGUUAUUACCCUGGCAGUCGUGCUUUGUGGUGGCAUGACGCCGAUUCUCAUCAUACCCUACUGGAUCUGUCAACUGUCGGGAGGGAUGCUGGGCGCUCUUCUUGCUAAGGGCUUGGCAGACGAAGCGUCCUUUGUCAACCAGACGGGGGCAGCUUGCAUCGUGAAUAGCAGAACCACUGUCGGCAAAGCAGUUGGAGUGGAAAUAGUCAUGACUUUUUUCCUAAUACUUAUUGUAUUAAUGGGAGUCGUGGGCGAACGAUCCAAAACCAAGCUUGCCCCUUAUUCUGUCGCCUUCACUCUAAUCGCUGCAAUUUUAAUAGGAGGCUCCAUAUCAGGAUCCUGUCUGAAUCCAGCACGUGCUUUGGGUCCUGCGAUCGUAGCCAGCUACUGGGAUUAUCACUGGGUAUACUGGGUUGGACCUACAGUCGGGUCCCUACUAGUGUCUAUAGGAUUCAGGUUUCUGUUGGCUGGACAGGCUCAUAGAUUAUUCUGUAAAUAAACAAGAAAAAAACGUGGAGGGGGAAUAAGCACCAACCUUCUUCCGAAAAUACAAUGAGAUCUCAGUAAGCUUCCUGCUGAGCAAGUGGUCACUACAGAUUGACAGGAACAGAAAUAUACAGCAUUAUAUUAUAGCACUGCUAUUUAUAGUAUACUGAUUAUAUAUGUAUUAUUU